CCAGCACACCCGCCCCGCGGCUUUCUCAAGCUUCCGCUUCCGGGUCGCUCCCGCUGUUUCCGGGUUCGAGGCGUGAGGCCCUUCCGCGGCUGGGGCCGGUUGGAGCGGGAGAGGCCGGAAGCCGCCGUCGCUCGGGGAGGGAUUUACCCCCCGCAGGCCGUCAAUGAAAGUGUGAAACCUACUGGCUGUUUCAUAGCUGUGGAUGAUCAGUAACACUUCUCUCAUCUUUAUAAACCAUGGCGUAUCAACUGUAUAGAAACACCACAUUGGGGAACAGCCUUCAGGAGAGUUUGGAUGAGCUCAUACAGUCUCAGCAGAUCACCCCUCAGCUUGCCCUUCAAGUGCUACUUCAGUUUGACAAGGCUAUAAAUUCAGCAUUGGCACAACGGGUCAGGAACAGAGUCAAUUUCAGGGGCUCUCUGAAUACAUACAGAUUCUGUGAUAAUGUGUGGACUUUUGUACUGAACGAUGUUGAAUUUAGAGAGGUAACUGAACUCGUGAAAGUGGAUAAAGUGAAAAUUGUUGCAUGUGAUGGAAAAAAUACUGGUUCCAAUACUGCAGAAUGACUAGAAAUGUGGGGUUUUUUUGUGCAACAUUUUCUGUUAAAAUGCAGCACUUUCUGGAGAAAAGCAUGGAAAAAAGGACUGUUCCUAAUUUAUUCUAGUGAUGCAGACAUGCGUUAAUCCAUGCUAGAAUGCAUCGCAGAAAGGCAGUGAAAAGAAAUAUCUUUCUGUAGCAUUUCUUCAAUUCACCUAAUAGGGCAUGAAGAAAACAAUGUUACUUUUCUAAAUGACAAAACAAAUAUUGUUGCCUUUUUUUGUUCAAAGUAAUUUCUCGAAUAAACUUUUAUUUAAAAUUU